CUAUAAAAACUUAUAUUAAGUUUUUAGUUUUAUUAUAUGUCACUCAUUUUCGAUUAGACUUCACAUAUAUAAAUAUAUAUUAAUUAAAAACUAAUUUUAUUGUUUAAUUUAAUUAAAUAAUUGUUAAAAUGAUUGUGUUAUUUGCAUUAAUUGCAAUUAAUUCGUUGUUUUUACCAAUUAAUGGGAUUUUAUUUCCAAUUGAAUAUCGUUUGCCACUUGAGGGUCGAGUGCCAGAUCCAGGUUCUCCCUGGCCUUUACCACAAAAAUGGAUCAAAUCAAAUGAAACAUUAACUUUAGAUCCAAAGGGCUUUCGCUUUGAAGCAAAUAUGGUUUCUUGUGAUGUAUUGAUCAAUGGUAUGAAGAGAUAUAGAGAUAUUAUAUUUAUAGAUCAACGAAGUGUUAAAUCAACAACACUUCCUGUCCUUAAAUCUGUUUAUAUUGAUGUCCAUAAUAUCAAUGAUUGUGGUUAUCCCGAGCAUAAUAACAACGAGACCUAUAGUAUAGACAUCAGCAACAAUUCCGUAGCAAAGAUCACAUCAGUUACUGUUUGGGGAGCUCUCAGAGCAUUAGAGACAUUCAGUCAAUUGGUUUAUCAAAAUGAUAUAACAAAAGAAACAUUAGUUAACAUAACAUCGAUUCAUGACUUUCCGAGAUUUUCAUUCAGAGCUAUGCAUAUGGACACUGCCAGACAUUUUAUACCCAAAAAAGUUAUUUUAGCCAAUUUGGAUGCAAUGGCUUAUAAUAAAUUUAAUGUAUUUCAUUGGCAUAUCAUUGAUGAUCAAUCGUUUCCAUUUGAGAGUCACCGUUUCCCUGAAUUGACUAAAAAGGGAGCGUAUUCUCCAAGACAUGUCUACACACAAAGAGAUGUCUUAGAAAUUAUUGAAUACUCAAGAAUGAGAGGAAUCAGAGUCAUACCAGAGAUCGAUACUCCAGGUCACACACAUGCUAUGGGAAAGGCAUUUCCCGAACUACUGACUCCCUGUUACGGCCAAAAGGGUAAGCCAUAUACACCCGAUUAUCCCCACUUCUCUUCCAUGGAAUUAAUAAAUCCACUGAAGAAUCAAUCGUUCAGUUUUAUCAAAGAGUUGUUUCAAGAAUUUCGUAAUCUUUUUAAAGACGAUUUCGUUCAUUUAGGAAUGGAUGAAGUGUUUUAUGGGUGUUGGGAAUCAAACCCAGACAUCUCUAAGUUUAUGAAAGAUAAUAAUAUGACAAAAGUGUCAGAAGUGGAGGACUAUUAUGUUAAGAGAACUCUAGAAAAUGUUAAAGAUUUAGGAUAUAAGACUAUGCUAUGGCAGGACCCGGUUGACAAUGGCGUUAAGUUGGCUAAUGGAUCUAUUGUUGUCAUCUGGAAAGACAAAAGACUUGAUAAAGAAUUAGAUUUAUGGCAAAACUAUGCGACAAAGAUUGCUAAAAAUGGUCAACAAAUGGUAUUAUCAGCAUGUUGGUAUCUUAAUUAUAUAUCUACACCAUAUCCAGAUCAAGAUUGGGAAAAGUUUUAUUUAUGUGAUCCAGGACACUUCAAUGGAACUGAAGAGGAAAAAAAAUUAGUUAUAGGAGGAGAGGUAUGCAUUUGGUCCGAGUUUGUCGACGCAACUAACAUAUUGUCCCGACUCUGGCCGAGAGCAUCGUCUACUGCAGAGAGACUCUGGAGUAACAGUAAUGAUACUCAAGACGUGAACACCGCUCGUCAUAGACUGGAUCAGCACAGGUGUCGUUUGCUUAGAAGAGGUAUACCGGCAGCGCCUAUACUAAACGGCUAUUGUGGAGAUUAUGAAUGGGAUAUGAAUAAUCAGGAGAAGCUCAUUGAUUUGGGUGAUAGGGUUAGACUUUGAUUAUAUGAUUCCAAAAUUAUUGU